AUGUCGUUGGACCGAGUCCCAGACGAAAUCAUUCAGCACCUGCUUCAUUAUGUUUCGCCUGAGGAUACUUUGCAAUGCUUCCAGCUGCUAUGCCACCGCUCCUAUAGAUUAGCAAAUGAGGGCCUGCUCUGGAGAUAUCAUUGCUGGAGCACCUUUAGAUACUGGCACCCCGAUCACGGUUUUGGCCAAAAGCUGCGCGCCGCCGUGGCAAGUGUCGACUGGAAGCACUUGUUUCUGCUGAGGACGCGCAGGAAUCGGACUGUCUCCCAGCUUCUUGACACUAUCCUGAAGACCAAGGUUGGCCGUUUAAAGAGGAUCGAGAGAAUCUGCCGCCUGGGGUACGAUGCCAAGGAUUUUCUGCUGGUGCAAUGUCACGCACCCGAGUCCGCGCCGGACGUUCUAGCGAGAAGCAAUGCCAUACUCGACAGUAUUCACCGGAGCAUCGCUAUCGAAGAAUGGCACAGGCUUGGGCUGGACCGCGACUCCCCCCCUGCACAAGUUGCCGCCCAGAGACUCGAGAGAGCCCUCGGCGCCUUUGACAUGUUCGUGUUACACGACCAGCCCGGUGACCUCGAUGACAUUUCUCAAAUGUUGGACCAUUUGGUCAUCCAGUUUCGAGCUACCUGUGCUAAUCUUGCCGAGCUCACAACUCGAGAGACAGCUUUGGCGCUGAAUCGGUGGAUGCGUGCCAAUAAUCUCACCGGCCUACAGAACCCGGAAAGAAAUUAUCGAAAUCUUCGAAAUUGCCUGAUAGGCCAGGCUUUGCGACAUGAAGACCAUGAGUCCAUUCCACUAAUAUCCAGCGCCCUCUUUUGUUGUCUUGCCGGACGGCUGGGGCUCAAUGCUCAAUGCUGUGCCUUCCCCAGCCAUGUCCACGCCAUUGUUUUCGCUCAGCCCGGACAAACCUUGGACGGCGAUGUCGUUGAUAGCUGCCGCGAGCAACUCGAGAGGAUGUAUCUUGACCCAUAUGGGCUCGACAGCGAAGUCCCCGCGUCCGAUCUGCAGAACCUCCUAGCUCACUAUGGAUGGCAAACCAGCACAGAUGCCUUCUUAGCUCCUGUUCCUCCCAUAUCAAUGGUUCUGAGAACGGCUCAAAAUAUCAAGGCCACUUUUGCUAGAAUUCUGGAGUUGCAGGAAGACGCUCAUCCAGAAUUGAGUCAGCUUCUGCGUGGGAACAACGCAAUGAACGUGGACGCCUCCCUAUACUCAGCCAUGUGGGCAUCCCUGAUGCUGACGCCUCCUAACACUUUCGAAUGGGACGACAGAUUAGCAAGCUUUCUACGUCGAUUUGCCGGAUCAUGGCCUGAAGAUGCAUGGCUAGUGGAAAAAUAUCUUUCGCCCAUGUAUAACAGCUUUACGCCACUUCGUGAUGGCUUUGCUCGUCAUAUCAAUCGCGGCUUGGGGGAUUCGUGGGAUCACUGGCGUCUCGUGCGAGACAAAGACGACCUCAUUCCGCCUGUUUCCCGCAGAGACUCAGACGGCAACCAAUCAGUCCCGUUCAAGAUCGGUCAGGUUUUUCGACAUAGACGUUACGGCUGGAUAGGUGUCAUCACGGGCUGGUCUGACCAGAGCACGAGGCGUUUGCCCGUGGCAACAUCUCGAGACACAGACGAUGAGGGAGACGCUGGCGAUCCAGGCGGGCAGCCACGCUUCCCUAUUCGGCCGCCGAAUCAGUUCUAUUUCAUGUGCUUGUAA